AUGGAUUUCAGCGGACGUGCAUGCUACACCUGCGGUGCCACUAAUCACCAGGCCCGUGAAUGCCCAAACCGGGGUCCGGCCAAGUGCUACAACUGUGGAAACGAGGGCCACAUGAGCCGCGACUGUCCCGACGGUCCCAAGGACUCGAAGACAUGCUACCGAUGCAACCAGGCCGGCCACAUUUCCCGUGACUGCCCUCAGGGAGGCAGCGCUCCUGGUGGCUCUUCCAGCGCUCAAGUUGAGUGCUACAAGUGCGGCAAGCUCGGUCAUAUUGCUCGGAACUGCAUGGAGGCCGGCGGCAACAGCUCCUAUGGUGGUGGCUACCAGUCAUACAACCAGGGCUAUGGCAGCCAGCAGAAGCAGUGCUACAGCUGUGGUGGCUACGGCCACAUGUCUCGUGACUGUGCCAAUGGCUCCAAGUGCUACAACUGCGGUGAGAAUGGCCAUUUCAGCCGGGACUGCCCCAAGGAGAACACUGGUGGCGAGAAGAUCUGCUACAAGUGCCAGCAGACUGGCCACAUCCAGUCUGCCUGCCCCAAUGCCUAA